GACUGGCUGGUUGAUCCAGCAGAACACUUUUAUUAUGUGUGGCUACAGGUCAUGAUCUUUCCCAUCGUCUACAACUCUGUGAUCAUCAUUCUGAGAACAUGCUUCACUACCAUCGCACUGAGCUACCUGCCCGUGUGGCUCACUCUGGAUUAUCUGUCAGACCUCAUGUACACCAUAGACAUGAUCAUCACUGUCCACACAGGUUACCUGGAUCAGGGCAUCAUGAUCAGGGACGUAAACCAGCUGAAGAAGCAUUACCUCCACUCUAAACGGUUCUUAAGGGACGUGGCUUCACUGCUGCCCACCGACCUCCUCUACUUUGUCUUUGGCAUCCAAACUCCAAUGGUUCGGAUCAAUCGCCUUCUGCGAAUUCCACGACUCAACGAGGCCCUGGACCGCAUGGAGACCAGAACCUCCUACCCAAACACUUUCCGCAUCUCCAAACUUAUGAUCUACAUCUUUGUGUUGAUCCACUGGAAUGCCUGUCUCUACUUUGCACUCUCCAGCUACAUUGGCUUUGGGAGUGAUCGUUGGGUCUACCCCAACACCACCAACCCAGAGUUUGCCUCCAUGCGUCGUCAGUACUUUUACUGCUUCUGGUUCUCUGCCCAGAUUUUCACCACAGUAGGAGACAACCUGCUGCCAGAAAGGGAGGAGGAGUUCUUGUUUAUGAUUGCAGAUCUGCUCAUUGCAGUGCUGGUGUUUGCAUCGAUUGUUGGCAAUGUUGGGAAUGUUAUCACCAGUCUAAGAGAUCGUGAUAAUGUCUUCUUCCCAAACCAUGAGCUGGUGAAGGCAUACCUGCGUAGCCAUCACAUUAGCAAGGAGCUGCGACAACGUAUCGAUAACUGGUACCAGCAUCUUUACAUAAACAAGAAGAUCAUGAGAGAGAAUGAAAUCCUGCAGCAGCUGCCCGUACAUCUGAGGACAGAGAUCGCUGUCAGUGUUCAUCUUCCAACUCUCUCCAAAGUCACCAUCUUCCAGAGCUGUGAGAAGAGUCUGCUGGAGGAGCUGGUGCUAAAGCUAAACCCUCAGGUGUUCAGUCCAGGAGAGUAUGUCUGCAGGAAAGGAGAUGUAGGCCAUGAAAUGUACAUCAUCAAAGAGGGAAAACUUGCAGUUGUAGCUGAUGACGGGGUCACAGAGUUUGCUGUGCUGAGUGAAGGGAACUUCUUUGGGGAAAUAAGUAUCCUCAACAUCAAAGGCAACAAGUCAGGCAAUCGUCGCACUGCCAACAUCCGCAGCAUUGGCUACGCCGAUCUGUUCAGCCUGUCAAAAGAAGACCUGACAGACGUGCUGUCUGAGUUCCCUGCUGCUAAAUGUCAUCUUGAGGAGAAAGGCAGACAGAUCCUCGUCAAGAUGGGCAUGUUGGAGGAAAGUGGGGAUGGAGUGGAGGUGGAGGUGGAGAAUGUGGAAAUCAAGAUACAAAGACUGGAGAAAAACUUGGAAAUCCUGCAAACCAAACUAGCUCGACUGAUGAUGGAGCUCGAGUCAAGCAACCGCAAGAUGCAGGCCAGGGUGGUGCAGCUUGAGUGGGAGGUGGCUGCACUGGGGACUAAGGUGUCAGAAGAUGGAGACAAAGGAGAAAUAGCGGGGGGAAGAGAAGAAGGGGUGGGUGGGGAGUUGUUUCACUAA